AUACGAAUUUAGGGCGGGAGUAUGGUGUAACGGCCGCUGGAUGGCGAGCGAGAGCGAGAGAAAAAGACCGCUGAGAAGAGACAGGCAUUUUUUAUUGAGGCAAUUAUAAUUGUACAUUUUAAUUUAUUUAACAAUUUGUAUAUACAGUUUUCCAUCGGGCUUGACUGACAUCCUGUCACAACCAUCAUGGCAUGUGAACAUAAACCGUGCUCAAUUAAGAGCUGCCAGAUGUUGCCAGAUGUGGUGACAACAGAACAACAGUCUUUAUUGCUUGUGAAGAAACUUCUAGCCAUUGCUGUCUCAAGCAUCACUUACCUGAGGGGUCUUUUUCCAGAAAAGGCCUAUGGAACUAAAUAUGUUGGAGAGCUUAAAGUGCUGAUUUUGCGUGAACAAAGCUGCCCUGGUGCUCAACAGAUUGUGCAUUGGUUGCAGGGAUGUUUCGAUGCACUUCAACAAAGAUAUCUGCGCAUGGUUAUUUUAUCAAUUUACUGUGACCCAGAAAAUCCACAGAAAGUAACUGAAUGUUACCAGUUUAAAAUCAGAUACACAGAGAAGGGACCGCAGAUGGACUUUGAGAGCAAAAAUGGUCAAAGUUUGUCUACAAUGGCCGGCGACAACACACAGAAAUCUAGUAUGCUGCUGGUGCGCAAACUUUACAUGCUCGUGCAAAAUCUCGGCCCGCUGCCUGACAAUGUCUGCCUCAAUAUGAAACUCUUUUACUAUGAUCAGGUGACCCCUCAGGAGUAUCAACCACCUGGCUUCAAAGAAGAUGACAGUGGGACAUUGGUAUUUGAAAGGGAGUCAGUCAAACUGACCAUGGGACAGGUGGAUACACCUUUUCACAGCCUCAGACUGAAUGUUACAACUGAGCGAAGAAGACUUGAGUCGGUGGAUGAUGAUGUGGAAGUCUGCGGGAGUACCAAAUGUUUGUUGUUUGAGGAUGAGGUGAUGUCCCAGACCACCGUUCAGCAGGAGGACAUGACAAAGGAGAAUGUCAUCAGUGAUGCUGGCAUUGAAUAUUCAGAAAGCUCACAACAGGCUCAAACAAGGAACAAAGAGGUUCCCAUAACAAAUAGAAAGGAAAAACUGCAGAAUUCACCGCAGAUGGACAAUCUGGUAAAAAAAACUGCUGAUCUUAUGAGGGAUGCCAGGAAAAGCCAGAGUAUACGCAACAUUGAAGCUCAGAUGUCAAAGUUUGAGUUUCCAUUAAGCCAGGAUCCCCAGCCAUCAGCACCGAAGAGGCGCAAAUUCAGUGUACCCAAAUAAUACCAGUAACACACUCAUAAUUACUUGUGAUAUUACGUACAUACAGUGACUGACAGACACAUGCUUUGUUAUUGUAAUUUCAUUUGAUUCGUUCAGUUGUGAAUAUGCAUUGCAAAAGGUUCUCUCAGACAAAAGGUUUUAUGGUUUAAGUGCACAUAACAUAAUUAGUGCACAACUUUUUCUUGUUAUUGUUAAUUGUCUAGACAAACCUCAAUAAACAGUCAUUUGUGCAUUAA